AUGUCGCCGCCACUGAUUCAGCAAACCUUCCGUCGUAACUACGCCGACGCUCCCCAAGUCCAGCUGUCUCCAGAACCCAAACCCAAGAGGCGCUUCCGGUUCUUCCUCUGGACCUGGCGCUUGACCUAUCUUUCCGUGCUUGCCGCCCUGGGAUACACUGCUUAUCAGGUCUAUGAGGGUCGCAAUCCAAAAGAGCAGGCUGACCCCGAUCCAAGCAAAAAGACGCUCGUUAUUCUCGGUACUGGUUGGGGUUCCGUCUCCUUGCUUAAAAACCUUGACACGGAGAACUACAAUGUCGUCGUCGUCUCGCCCCGUAACUACUUCCUCUUCACUCCUCUGCUACCCUCGUGUACCACGGGCACCAUUGAGCACCGAUCCAUUAUGGAACCCAUCCGGAACAUCCUCCGUCACAAGAAGGCAAAGGUCAAGUACUACGAAGCUGAAUGCACAAAGAUCGACUACGAGAAGAGGAUCGUCUAUGCUAAGGAUGACUCGGAAAUCAAGGGUGACACCAUGGAGACCGAGAUUCCCUUCGACCUGCUUGUCGUGGGUGUCGGAGCAGAAAAUGCCACCUUUGGAAUCCCUGGUGUUCGUGAACAUGCCUGUUUUUUGAAGGAGGUUGGUGAUGCUCAAAAGAUCCGCAAACAAAUCAUGGAUUGUGUCGAAACGGCUACUUUCAAGGAUCAAAGCCCCGAAGAAGUCAAGCGUCUUCUCCACAUGGUGGUCGUCGGUGGUGGUCCAACUGGUGUCGAGUUUGCUGGUGAGCUGCAGGAUUUCUUCAUGGAAGACUUGCAGAAAUGGGUUCCUCAAAUCAAGGACGAUUUCCAUGUCACUUUGGUCGAAGCUCUGCCUAAUGUGCUUCCUAUGUUCAGCAAGCAACUCAUCGAGUACACUGAAUCUUCGUUCAAGGAAGAGCACAUCCAGAUCCGCACAAAGACCAUGGUCAAGAAUGUGACCGACAAAUACAUUGAAGCCGAAGUCCAGAACCCCGACGGUUCGAAAGCGCUGGAGAAGAUUCCCUAUGGACUGCUCGUCUGGGCUACUGGUAAUGCUCUCCGUCCCGUGGUCAAGGAUCUCAUGUCCCAAAUCCCAGCUCAAGCGAAGGCUCGUCGUGGCCUCGAAGUCAACGAAUACCUUGUUGUUAAUGGCACCGAAAACAUCUGGGCAGUUGGCGACUGCGCCGUGGCCAACUAUGCACCCACUGCUCAAGUCGCUGCCCAAGAGGGAGCUUUCCUGGCUCGUUUGUUUAACACCAUGGCUAAGACAGACGCUAUCGAGGCCGAACUGCGCGACUUGUCCUCCAAGCAGGCUACUGCGAACCCCGAUCAGCGCAAGGUCAUCCUGGAGGAGAUCAACGAACGCCAGCGCCAGCUCCGUCGCAUCAAGCAGAUCGGCCCAUUCAGCUAUUCGCAUCAAGGAUCGCUUGCGUACAUUGGUGCUGAGAAAGCAGUUGCCGAUGUGUCUUGGUUCAGCGGAAAUAUUGCAAGUGGAGGUACCAUGACGUACCUAUUCUGGAAGAGUGCUUACCUGAGCAUGUGCUUUAGCACGCGCAACCGCAUCCUAGUCUUCUUUGACUGGGCCAAAGCCAAAUUCUUCGGCAGAGACGUGUCGAGAGAAUAG